UUUUCCCGCCCUUCGCUGAGAAAGAAAUGGCAGAGGAAGAUGGCGAUUUCCAGAGGGACGAGCCGCAUCCCGAUGAUCGCGAGGAUCCCGUAUCCGGGGAGCUAAGGGAUCGAGUCCGCCUCGCCGUAAUUAAGAUCGCGGAGUCGGAAGCUGGGAAGUAUGGAAUGGAAGUGUCCCAGCCGGUCGUUUCAUGCAUCGCCGAUCUGGCUUUCAAAUUCACAGAACAAUUGGCAAAGGAUCUGGAAUUGUUUAUGCAGCAUGGUGGCAGGAAAUCUGUCAAUAUGGAAGAUGUCAUCAUUUCAGCACAUAGAAAUGAGGAUUUGGCUGCCACAUUAAGGUCCUUCUCAAAGGAUCUGAAAGAACAGGAACCUCAAGCUGAAAAGAAACGUAAGAAAGCUGCUAAGAAGGAUGAGAAGAUUGUCUUGGAUUGAUAGAUUCAUCUUUGAGGUAACAAAUGCCAUUCUUUCUUUUCUUUUUCCAAAAGUGGGCAAAAGUUGACAACCCAAAUCAACCUUUAAGUACUAUCCUUGCUUAUGAAGAUCAAGAUGAUAUACUGGACCAUGUGCUUGUUCUUGAUUCUGAAGAAGUGUAUGUUCCAUGACAUAGAUUUUGUUUUCUGAAAAAAGAAGCAGCCUAUAGUUGAAAAGAACUUGAGGAGGCUGUCAAGGUAUAUUGUUUCUGGACUGGGCUUCAACUGAGACAUGAUAGAGUUGUUCUACACAGUGUGUGUUGUAUAUUCUUAUAAUUUCUGUUUUACAUUGGAGGUUAUUAUUUUCUUUUCAUUUUUUUUGUGUUGAAGGUUUUAAUAUAAAGUGAACUUGAGAUUAGGGCAUGGCCCCAGAUUGGGAUCAUGGCCUUUCAACAUCUCUCUUUUGUCCUAUAUCUUUCUCUUAUUGCAGCUAUUAACAAAUUUCUAACUCUUCCAAUAACAUCAGCAACAUGAAUUCUAUGACCAUUAUAUCAAGAGGAACGUAGUGGAGCGGGAGAACAUAGUGAAACCGUCAAGGUUUUAUUGCAGAUAUAUAUUUCUUUUUAUUGCAGAUAUAUAUUUCUUCUAUCUUUGAUUAGUCUAGACUCUAGACAAAGCUUUGCUAUUGUAGAUCUGCAUUUUAGAUUUACGCACUUAAAGUUUUACUCAAGAUUUAGGUAUUAUGAACUGUAACAAGAUUUGACGGAUACACUUUUAUUUAUAUACAAGGUUCGUUAAAUUUGCGGACGACUUACGUUUUAAUUAAUGUUUUUUUGAUAUAAAGUAAGUUUUGAAAAUUUUCUUGAUUUUUUGUUAACAUUUUCUUAUUUUUACAUUUUCAAACUAAAAAAUUGUAACUUUUUUGGUGUCAGUCAUGUCAAAUAUUGGUUUGUCUGAUAGAACGUUGAUUUUAAAUAUUUUUCUAAACUUAAGAACUUUCUUAAUUUUAAUUUUAUUUACAACUAAGAUCUUUAAUAUUUUUUCCGAAUUCACGACCGAUUCAACCGGAUUUCUGAAUCGGCCGAUUCACCUCGGGCAAUUCGAAAACUUUUUUUUACAGCAGUGGGAUAGGUGAUCGGGCACCCACACUAUCAUUCUUAUUUCUGCAUCGGACAUGAAAGAUGUUUUUGCCAAAAGGAAACUAUCAUUCUUAUUUCUGCAUCGGACAUGAAAGAUGUUUUUGCCAAAAGGAAAAGCAAUAUAAAGGGUAGCGGUGGAGGGACAAGGAUCACGCUUCAUGUGAUGAUGCAACUUCUCCAUAGCGGGCAACUUUCGUCAAUCCCCAAAAGGAGAAGUUUGUCUUGCUUUGCCAAGUUGGACCCACAUCCACCAGGCCAUGCGAUUAAAAUGCUUGUGCCUUUCUUCAUGAUGGCAUUCAAAUUUCCAGCCACUUGCCAAUGGAUUUCAGAAAACACUGAAAUACUACUCGCAGUGAGGAUGGGAAGCCAAUCGAAGGAAUAAAAACUGCAGUUUUGCCUUUUGGGCUCUGUUCGUUAAUUUAUGUGAGUAGUUGGGACACUCCAAUCAUCUUUUCUCUUCUGUUGAGGUUCAGUUUAAUGGAAAAUGGUGCUACUUCAGGAUAGCUUA